AAUUCGGAGGUAAACAAAUUUGAAGGAACGUUUUUACAAAAUGUCAGAAAAACAAAGUGAAAUUUUAUCAAGAUUCAAAGAACUUCCAACAAAUAAUCAUGCUACGAUAUUGACUGUUAGUAUAAAGGGUAUUGGGAUGGAAAAUUUUGUUGAUGAAAUAAUGUCACAGAUGAAUACUAGAUAUUCAAUACAGAUCCGGACAACCACAAGCCUUCCAUUACCCAAGCUAACCAAUGCAGAGGAGUCCAGACCAAGAAUAGACUAUAUUGUUUUCAUUUUGGAUUUAACCAACCAGCAAAGUUUUGAAAUGAUAAAGGAAGCUGUGAGCCUUGUUGACAUUGAUUACUUUUUGGGUAGAUGCUGUUUCAUUCUUUCCAAAGCUAAACAAGAGCAUCUUCACAGUGUUGAUUUAAAUGAAGUUACAGAAUUGGUUGGAGCAUACAACUCAACAAUGUUAUGUGGGGAUCUGCAAAAUAAAAAGGACAGAUUGGAUCUUGCAGAGAAGGUACUUUAUCAUGUUGAGAUUGCCUGCGGUUUCUGCAAUGACGUUAAUCCGCUGCUUGUUGCUACAACUCAAUAUUCACUUGCUGUUGGAGAAAUUAUAACCACCUGAUAUUUAGGACAAAU